AUGUCAGAAAUCCCUUCCGUAGAUUUGCAUCUACAGCUGCAGAAAAGCCAGUUCAAGAUCCCUGUUGAGGUGAUCAAGAAGAACUUCAAGAGCAUCCAGAAACUGGUUGAGAAACAGAGUCAGACCACAAAUGCUCAAUUGAAAGGGAUGAGUGCUGCCGAAAUCACCCGGGACCAGAAACUUGCAAUUCUGAGGAAGAUGAUCCAAACACAGGAGCUUUACCAGAAGAAGCUAGCCAUUCGUGUUGAGCAGCACAACGAGCUGGUUUCACGGCUGGAGGCUAGAAUUGCCAAAUUCAACGAAUUGGAUGCCAUGAAGCGUAAAUACGACUCUCUGGAAGCAAAUUCUCUGGAUAGAGAGACUUUGAGAGAGGAGAUGGCAGUAUGGUACAGAGAGCAGAUAAACCUGCUCAUUGCGGGAUAUCUGGUAAAGACGAGCACCAACUCCUCCGUUCCAAGCAAUACCGGAGUUAAGCUUGCUCGCAGACUAAAAAUGGACAAGUUGUUGGAUUAUGAUGUGAUACUACAGGGUCUCCAUAUCUACAAUGAGAUAAAAAACAACAACAAUUUGCAGGUGUUGAUUGAUUGGUGCAACGAAAACAAAAAGGUUUUGAAGAAGGUUCGUGAGGAAGCGGAGGUUGACGAUCCUACCAAUUCUGCAACUAGCAAUUCCGGUAGUUUGGAUUUUGAAACCUAUUUUCAGAAUUUCAUCGAGCUGAUCAAGAAGCAACAUAUGUAUGAAGCUCUGGACAUCGCCAGGAAAUAUCUGGUGGGUUCAGUACACGAGGCAACAACUGCACCAUCUGCUGAUUCUGGUAAGACAGCCGAAGAUGAAGAUGAAAACUUUAAGAAGAUUCAGUCUGCUGCGGGCUUGCUGUUAUUCAACUCCAUCAACAUUGAUGAGGUUUUCAAAGACUUCAAGCAUGGCUCUUCCUCAGAGGGAUCAAAGGAGUCACCUUUGGCAUUCUACGAUCCAAACAGGGCUGCCUAUAGUAAGAUCAGCUCUAACUUCAAGCCCUAUAAAGACCUUUUGUCUCCCGAAAAGUGGGAAACUUUGGCAGACUUUUUUCUCUACAACUACAACUUGAUCUACGGGAUUGAACAGAGCUGUGAGUUUUUGGUCAUGCUGAGUAUCGGAAUAAGUGCUUUGAAGACACGGAGUUGUCUGGGACAUGAUUAUCAGUUGAAAUCGCCCAAUGUGCAACCAGCAGAAGACAAAAAACGGUUGCUGUCGAAAAUUAUGCAUCUUGAAAAGAGUGGUAAAGAGACUUUAACUGACGAUAAAGAGAUUGGCUUUGAUGAGUUUACUCAAGCUGCAGUUGACGGAAGGAACAUUGAGACCAGUGUUCACGCACAUAACAACUGUCCCAUCUGUUCUAUAGAGCUGUUCCAGCUAAGUUCGCUUCUGCCCAACUCGCACCAAAUAAAAAGCAAUAUCUUUGAGAACCCCGUCAAGCUGCCAAACGGAAAUAUCUAUAAUCUGGAAAAGCUUCUGAAACUUGAUGAGAAAGGAAAGACCAUUCCCGAAUAUCUCAUGUUCCAGGCCGAAGAUGUGAACCAGAUUUUGAAGAAGAGAAGAGUCGAUGGCGACGAGGAGGAGGAAGAUGAGGAUAACGCGGACUCGUACUCGUACGGCACUGACGGCGACAGUAUCGAUUUUGGAAACGACGACUCCAACCCUGGAGAUGUGAAUAUGGAUGACGAUGAAGAUGAUCACGAGGAUGGAGGAAUUGCAAAUUCUUCAGUUACCGGGCCGGCAAGGGAUGUUCGUGAAUCUGCCUGCUUAAAACUUUACACACGGAUCAAAGAUCCGAUCACAGGCGAGUUCUUUGGAAGGGACGAGCUUGUCAGGGUAUAUCCCACUUGA